CCCCGCCGUUACUAUGGCAACGCCUACCUGCAGCGAACUGCCGGAGCUCAUUCUUAAUGAAAACGUGUGAAAAGUUUAGACUAAUCACACCAAUUUGGGGACAUCUAAGACCGAUUCUCCAAUCUCCACGACUCUGGGUUCAAUUUUCCGACUUUACACUUUUUUUCCCUUUUUUUUCUUUCUCCCCCUUCACAGUGAAACAGCGUCUGUUGUGGACUCUGACAGCCAUCUGCCAACUGAGGGAAGCUGUCAUAGCAUGACUGAGGGCGAGUGUCGCAAGUCUGAAUCUGGAGAGCUGGUGAGAAGCGGCACAGGAAAACACACUUCAGCCAGUGGCAUCGUAUACACCGGAGAGUGGCAAGAGGACAAAAUGCUGGGCAAAGGGACCCUGCAGUUUCCCUCUGGGGCCGUGUAUGAAGGAGAGUUCAAAGACAACGCGUACAGCGGCUGGGGAACAUACACAUUUCCGGACGGCUCUAUGUACAAGGGCCAAUUUUACAAUGACAGGCUGGAGGGAGAGGGUACCUUCACUGACACACAAGGCCUGAAGUGGACUGGAGACUUCCACGGUGAAGCAGCACUUGGUCUCAAACUGAUGCACAACCUCUAGACAAAAAAAAAAAAAAAAAAAAAACAGACUAAAGAAUCAUUGUUCUAGAGCUAGACCACAUUAGGAAAACACUAACACUGAAAGUUGAUUAAACGUUCAAAUGUGAA